AUGUGGCUUCGGACUGUGUUUGUUGUGGUGGCCGCUGUCUGUGUACUGAGCUGUCACCCUGCGGACGGAGAAAUCUGUUCGAGCAUAGACAUCAGGAACAAUGUGACAAAUCUACAGCGUUUGGAGAACUGCACCAUCAUUGAAGGCCAUCUAAAGAUCUUGUUGAUGUUCAGGACCAAAGCAGAGGACUUCCGCAGAAUUAGUUUUCCUAAACUUACCGUGGUUACAGAUUACCUCCUCAUGUUUCGAGUCUAUGGUUUAGAGAGUCUCGGCGACCUCUUCCCCAACCUCACCAUAAUACGCGGAAACUAUUUAUUCUUCAACUACGCCUUGGUCAUUUUCGAGAUGAUACAACUCCGUGAAAUCGGCCUCCACAGUCUUAUGAACAUCACACGAGGAGCAGUAAGGAUAGAGAAGAACCCAGAUAUGUGCUACCUUGCCACACUGGACUGGUCGAAGAUCGUGGAUUCGGUGGGAGACAAUAGCAUCGUGUUCAACAAGAACGAUAAAGAGUGUGGAGACAUUUGCCCCGGGGCAGCUGUGGGUAAGACCACCUGCCAGGCCACCACCAUCAACGGACACUUCAGCGAGCGAUGCUGGAACCAGAAGCACUGUCAGAGAAUGUGCCCCUCUCACUGUAAGCACCGUGCGUGCACCAAAGACGGCCAGUGCUGUCAUGAGCAUUGUCUGGGCGGCUGCUCUCAACCCCACUCCUCAGCGCACUGUGUGGCCUGCAAAAACCUCCAGCACCAGGAAACAUGUGUGGACCAGUGUCCCCCAGACCACUACCUGUACCUGGGCUGGAGGUGCGUGCCCUUCGCCUUCUGCCAGGACCUCAACCACAAGUGCAAGAGGGAGAAGGAGCGCAACAAGGACUACGACUGCUAUGAGUACGUCAUCCACAACGGAGCCUGCAUCCCCGAGUGUCCCUCCGGAUACACCGUCAACAAUUCUGCACUGGUGUGUUCACUAUGCACCGGCCUGUGUCCAAAGGUCUGUAUGGGACUGAAGACCAUCGACUCGGUGACAGCGGCACAGCAGCUGAGGGGCUGCACCAUCCUCAACGGCAGCCUGGUCAUCAAACUCAGAGGAGGAAACAACAUCGCUGCGGAGCUGGAGGCAAGUCUGGGGCAGCUAGAGGAGAUCACCGGGUAUCUGGCGGUGCAGAGGUCCUACGCCCUGGUGUCCCUGUUCUUCUUUAGAAAACUGAAUGUGAUCCGAGGACAGGAGUUGUACAAUGGGAACUUCUCAUUCUACGCUGUGGGCAACCAAAACCUCCGGCAGCUGUGGGACUGGUCCAAACACAAGCUCACCAUUCAAAAGGGGCACAUUGUUUUUAUGUACAACUCCAAACUCUGCGAGUCUGAAAUGUACAAGAUGGUGGAGGUCACAGGGGCCACUAUGCAGAACAAGGAAGACAUCAAGAAGACCAACGGGGAGCAGGCUUCAUGUGAAACUCAUGUGUUGAACUUCACCAGUAUCCGAACCAUGAGCGACAAGAUCAUGGUGAGGUGGAAAGCUUUCUGGCCGAAAGACUACAGAGACCUGCUCGGUUUCAUGGUGCUCUACAAAGAAGCUCCUUUUCAGAAUGUAACUGAGUUUGACGGCCAGGACGCCUGUGGGUCGAACAGUUGGAUGAUCGCAGACGUGGAGCCUCCACGGCGGGCCACAGAAGGGGAGAAGGAGCCGCUGGAUCCUGGGCAACUCAUCCAUCCUCUGAAGCCCUGGACCCAGUACGCCAUCUUGGUCAAAACACAGCUGUCUUCCACCAAUGACCAAGGCGCCAAGAGCGACAUCAUCUAUGUCCGCACAGACGCCACCAAGCCCUCGGUGCCUCUGGACCCGUUGACUUCAGCCAAGUCUUCGUCUCAGAUCAUCCUGACGUGGAAACCUCCCAACGACCCGAAUGGCAACAUCACUCACUACCUGGUGUACUGCCAGCGCCAGGCCGAGGCCAGCGAGCUUUACAAGUUCGACUACUGCCAGAAAGGGAUGAAGCUGCCGACCCGAGCGACGACUCAGGUGGACGCCAACGAGGAGCAGAAAGGAAACCAGACAGAGGAGCACGGCUCUGACAAACAGUGCUGCCUCUGCCCCAAAACAGAGAAAGAGCUGAAGAAGGAGAAGGAGGAGUCAUUGUACCAGAAAAUAUUUGAGGACUACCUCCACAAUGAGGUCUUUGAGAUCAACAAACACAGCAGAAAGCGGCGUGCUGUGGCGGGCAUUGCAAAUCACACACAACCGUUCCUCACUACGGCUCCCUCCACGACGCCGAGGACCGUGGACGAGGGUGAGGAGGACUUUGAGAGCACCCGCACUGUGGUCAAGGUCCACAACAAAGAGUCUGCGGUCAUCACCAACCUGCGACACUUCACCAGCUACCAGAUCGAGAUCCACGCCUGCAACCACCCCACCGACCAGACGCGCUGCAGCAUGGCGGCUUACGUGAGCGCGCGCACACUGCCUGAAGACAAAGCUGACGAUAUCCUGCCCCCCAUCAAGUGUGAGGUGGCAGAGACCUCUGUGCACGUUUCUUGGAAAGAACCGAGUGAUCCCAACGGAAUUAUUAUGUUGUACGAGGUCAACUACAAACGACUGGGUGACAGCGAGGAACUUCACACCUGUGUGUCCCGAAACAUGUACAGGCAGACUCAAGGCGCCAAGCUUAGAGUGAUGCAUUCUGGGAACUACACAGUGCGGAUCAGAGCCACUUCAUUGGCUGGGAACGGAUCCUGGACUGAACCCACCUACUUUUACAUCCCGGACUCAGAUCCAAUGAGUAUUGUGAAAAUUGCUGUUGCUCCAGUCAUUUGCUUGGCCUUUUUGCUCAUUUUGGUCAUUGGUGGAUUUGUGGUGUUCCGGAAAAAUCAAACUCAAGGUCCCAGUGGUCCGAUCUAUGCUUCCUCCAACCCUGAAUACCUGAGCGCGGCUGACAUGUAUGAGGAGGAUGAGUGGGAGGUGGCCCGGGACAAGAUAAACAUUUUGCGAGAGUUGGGUCAGGGCUCGUUCGGGAUGGUGUACGAGGGAAUUGCCAAAGACAUCAUCAAAGGCGAAUCGGAAACACGCGUUGCUGUGAAAACCGUCAACGAAUCGGCUAGUCUGCGCGAGAGGAUCGAGUUCCUCAACGAGGCCUCAGUCAUGAAGGCUUUCAGCUGUCACCACGUGGUCCGUUUGCUCGGCGUGGUCUCCAAGGGUCAGCCCUCUCUUGUCGUCAUGGAGCUGAUGACACACGGAGACCUCAAGAGUUACCUGCGCUCUCUCCGGCCGGACGCAGAGAACAACCCGGGGCGCCCUCCUCCCACGCUGAAGGAGAUGGUUCAGAUGGCUGCCGAGAUCGCUGAUGGAAUGGCUUAUCUCAACGCCAAGAAGUUUGUGCACAGAGACCUGGCAGCGCGCAACUGCAUGGUCGGCCAUGACCUCACGUGCAAAAUAGGAGAUUUUGGCAUGACCAGAGACAUCUAUGAGACGGACUACUACAGAAAAGGAGGAAAAGGCUUGCUCCCGGUCCGAUGGAUGGCCCCCGAGUCUCUGAAGGACGGGGUCUUCACUGCGCACUCAGACUGCUGGUCGUUCGGGGUGGUACUGUGGGAGAUCAGCACUCUGGCGGAGCAGCCGUACCAGGGCCUGUCCAACGAACAAGUGCUGAAGUUUGUGAUGGAUGGAGGAUACCUGGACCGACCCGACAACUGCGCAGACAGACUGCAUAUUCUGAUGCAGACGUGCUGGAACUACAACCCCAAAAUGCGGCCCAUGUUCCAAGACAUCAUCCAACAGCUGCGGGAAGACCUGCAUCCCACUUUCCAAGACGUGUCCUUCUUCUACAGCGAGGAGAACAAGCCGCCCGAAAGCGAGGACUUCGAUCUGGACAUGGAAAACAUGGAGAGCAUCCCCCUGGACCCCUCCUCCUAUUCACAACGGGAGGAUGAGAGUUUGGACAGAGACGAGUCGGUGUCCGUAGGCCUUUUGGGCAGCUACGAGGACCACCACAUACCCUUCACGCACAUGAACGGGGGCAAAAGCAACGGACGGAUACUGGCUUUGCCCCGCUCCACCCCGUCCUAA